GUGAGAUUCAUUGCCCUCUUAUAUAUAACUCGUUACCUUCGCUGUUCCCUUCUCUCUUUAUCUCUCAAGGGAGAGACAGAGAAAAAAGAAAGAGAGAUUAGGAUUGGGGAUAUGAGAACAAGGAGAGGGGCGUCUUAUUCUGGACCUGGAUUAGUAACAAGGAUGUGUUCAGAUGUUAAACAGGAUCUGCACAUGCAUAUGCAUAUGCAUGUGCCUCGAGACUCUAUUUAUAGCCGGAAACGGCAGAAGAAAACACCGCAGAAAACCCCCGCCGAUUACGAUUUUUUUGAGUCUUUGCCGGAUGACCUUGUAAUUUCUAUCUUCUGUAAACUCAGUUCCACCGCCACUUCCCCUUCUGAUUUUGUCAACGUUUUAAUAACGUGCAAAAGAUUAAACAGAUUAGCGCUUCAUCCUCUUGUGUUAUCCAAAGCCUCGCCGAGAAUUUUCUCUGUUAAAGCCAAAGAUUGGUGCGAUUCUGCACAUCGCUUCCUCAAACAUUGUGCCGAUGCAGGGAACGUUGAGGCCUGCUACACUUUGGGCAUGAUUCGCUUCUACUGUUUGCAGAACAGAGGAAGCGGCGCGUCACUGAUGGCCAAGGCGGCGAUUAAUUCUCACGCGAGGGCUCUGUACUCACUUGCGGUGAUUCAGUUCAACGGCAGCGGCGGAACCAAGAGCGAUAAGGAUUUACGCGCUGGCGUGGCUCUUUGUGCCAGAGCGGCAUUCCUCGGCCACGUCGACGCGUUGCGAGAGCUCGGUCACUGCUUGCAAGACGGUUAUGGCGUCCGGCAGAACAUCGCCGAGGGACGGCGAUUUCUCGUCCAGGCUAACGCUAGGGAACUCGCUGCUGUGCUUUCCAUCGGCGCCGCUGCGCGACACUGGCUGACGUGGAACCUGCAGCCGCAGCUCCGGCAAGGGUCCGGGUGUCCGUUGCUGAGCGAUUUCGGGUGCAACGUGCCGGCGCCGGAGGUUCAUCCGUCGAGCCGGUUCAUGGCGGAGUGGUUCGCGAUUCGUGGCGGUUCGCCCGGACCGGGUUUGAGGCUUUGCUCGCAUGCGGGUUGUGGUCGGCCAGAGACGCGGAAGCACGAGUUCCGAAGGUGCUCGGUGUGUGGCGCGGUGAAUUAUUGCUCACGCGCUUGCCAGGCGCUUGAUUGGAAGUUGCGUCACAAGGCGGAGUGCGCCCCCGUGGAACGGUGGCUCGAUGAAGAAGGUGAGGAUGUCGGGGACGACGACGGUGACGGCGAGGGGGUGGUUAUGGUGGAUAGUUAGACAAUUUUUCCCACGGUAACGGCGUUAACGGAAGUCUCUUUGGACGGUUCUACGGACAAUGAAUUUAUUUUUGUUGAGAAAUUAUAAAUGAUUUAUUCGGCCGUCUCAAAAAGGUAGGGAGUAGAGUAUAUGGCUUCCUUUUUUUCUUGUAUAGUGCUAAAAUUAUCCCGAAAAAAUGAAAGGGGAUUCAUUUCCUUUUUUGUUUUCAUUCUGUGCAGUGGUCACAGUUUAAUGUUAAUUAGAAAUUAAAUGCUGGAAGUUUGAAAUUUUGGUCAUCAAUUUGACAGUAAUUAAUAGCAAUUAAGUUUUAGGGUUAUAUAAAACUUCACAUUUGUGCUAAUUUAUGUUUUUCUUUUCC